AUGGGUAAAAAAGAUUUUAAAAAUCUUUACGAGAAUAUUAAAACAGAAUUAAAAGAAAUUUCAUGCAAAAUUUCAUACUUUAGUGAUAAAUUUGAAGAAAAUAAAAGUUAUGCCGGUAUGAUUGUAUAUGCGGUUGAUGGAAAGUUUACAUGGAAAAAUACAGGAGGUAAAGCAUCAGGAUAUAAAGGAAGAAGUUUUUAUAUCGUUAUACAAUGUACUAAUGAUUGGCCAUCAGAAGUACUUAACGAUGUUGGAAAUGGACAAGUUCAUCAUUAUCUUAUUAAAAAUACUUUUGGUUUUGAUUAUGAUCAAGAUAUUAUUUGUUGUGGAGGAUUUUCUUAUCAUGAAAAACGAUUAAAAUUUAGUAGUGUUUGGUUAAAUGGAAGAAACCAAAAUGGUUGGGAAAGUGAUGGAUCAAAGUAUUUAAGCGGACCUGAACAAAUUUUAGUAGAAUAUUGUUUUGAAGAGUAUAAGAAAUUUGGUAGUCAUCAUAUAUUUAAAAUACCUAAUUAUAUCGAAAAGCAGUUAAUUAAUAGUGAGUUAAGGAUGUGGUCCUAA